CAUCGGGCGCGGCCACUCUACGCACUUGUCACCACGAGGUACGAGUGAUCCGAGUUUUUUCUGCCCUUUUCAAACUUAUUUAAUUAUAUUGUUGAAAAUCGUGUUCCGCCCAACUCGAAAACAAUGAGCGCCUUUCCCGGAACGUUCGCGUUCGACGAAUAUGGUCGGCCCUUCAUCAUUCUGCGUGACCAGGAGCGCCAGAAGCGCAUCACAGGAACAGAUGCCAUUAAGACUCACAUUAUGGCCGCUCGCCAAAUCGCCUCCACCCUGAAGACUUCGUUGGGUCCCAAGGGUCUGGACAAGAUUAUGGUGAGCCCCGAUGGUGAUGUGACUGUCACCAACGACGGCGCCACCAUCAUGAAACUGAUGGAGGUUGAACACGAGAUCGCCAAGCUGAUGGUGCAGCUGUCGCAGUCGCAGGACGACGAGAUCGGCGAUGGAACCACUGGUGUUGUGGUUCUGGCUGGAGCUCUUUUGGAGCAGGCAGAGGGACUUAUCGAUCGGGGUAUCCACCCCAUUCGUAUCGCCGAUGGUUUCGAGCUUGCCGCCCAGUGCGCCAUCAAGCAGCUGGAUGCCAUCGCCCAGCCCUUCCCCGUGGACCCGAAGAACAAGGAGCCCCUGAUCCAGAUCGCCAUGACCACCCUGGGCAGCAAGAUUGUGAACAAGUGUCACCGUCAGAUGGCUGAAAUGGCCGUGGAUGCUGUGCUCAAUGUGGCUGACAUUGAAAAGAAGGACGUGAACUUCGAGCUCAUCAAGAUUGAAACUAAGGUCGGUGGCCGCAUGGAGGAUUCCUUGCUGGUUAAGGGUGUUAUCGUGGACAAGACCCUAAGCCACUCUCAAAUGCCUAAAGAGCUGAAGGACGUCAAGCUGGCCAUUCUCACCUGCCCGUUCGAGCCCCCGAAGCCCAAGACCAAGCAUAAGUUGGACGUUACUUCCGCCGAGGACUACAGGGCGCUGCGUGAGUAUGAGCAGGAGAAGUUCACCCAAAUGGUGAAGCAAGUCAAGGACGCCGGCGCCACCUUGGCCAUCUGCCAGUGGGGCUUCGACGAUGAAGCCAAUCACUUGCUGCUGCAGCAGGAACUGCCCGCCGUGCGCUGGGUUGGAGGUCCCGAGAUUGAGCUCAUCGCUAUCGCCACUGGUGGUCGUAUUGUGCCGCGUUUCGAGGAACUGACAGCCGAGAAGCUGGGAACAGCUGGUCUUGUCCGAGAAAUGGCUUUUGGUACAUCCAAGGACAAGAUGCUGGUUAUUGAGGAGUGCAAGAACUCGAAGGCUGUGACCAUCUUCUUGCGAGGCGGCAACGCCAUGAUCAUCGCCGAGGCUAAGCGCUCCAUCCAUGAUGCUAUUUGUGUCGUGCGUUCUUUGGUCAAGGAUUCCCGUAUCGUCUACGGUGGUGGUGCUGCCGAGAUAAGCUGCUCCCUGGCUGUGGCUAAGGAAGCCGACCAGCUGUCUACGCUGGAGCAGUACGCCUUCCGCGCCUUCUCCGUAGCCCUGGAGAGCAUUCCGCUUGCCCUGGCCGAGAACAGUGGUCUGCAUCCCGUGGAGACACUUUCGGAACUGAAGGCUAGCCAGGUGUCUGAGAAGAAGCCUAGCUUGGGAGUAGACUGCAUGCUGACGGGUGAUUCGGACAUGAAGAACCACAACGUGGUCGAGUCCCUGCACUCGAAGAAGCAGCAGAUCCUGCUCUCCACUCAGCUCGUCAAGAUGAUACUCAAGAUCGACGACGUGCGCUCCAAGAACGACGGCGGCAUGUAGAGUGUUGUCAUCGAUCCACUAACACCUUACACAUCAGUCAGCACCCGACAGAUUCAGAUUCGCAUCCCCUUCUCGCUUUGCUAAACUCCUCACGAUCAAGAACACCCGCGCAACGCCUCAUCUCUAUGUAUAUCUGUAUUAAUUGAUUACGUUUAUUAACGUUCACAAGUUCUUUGGAAAAGAAAAAAAUUACAUUAAACAAGGGAUUCUCCCUGGUCAAAUACACUAAAACCAAAACUAA